AUAACAAACAUAGUAGAAACGACAAUGAUCUUGCUCUUUGAAAGAUUCCCUUAUCACGAUGAUAUGAAUAUCUAUAGUGUGAAGUUUAUUUGCGACGUUAGAACAAGAACUUCAUACGCCCUCUUUUUAGGAAACCAUUUUAAAAAAUUUUUAUCUAAUUUUAUUUUUUAAAGUAAUUCCAAGAAAGAAAAAUUCGUAAUUCUUCCUGGAUGGUGUUCUAAUACAGAAUUUAUUGGUUUCAGUUAUAAGAUAAUUUAUAAACAAAUGUAAUGAUCAUGAAUAUAAUAAAAGAAUUGUUUAUUUAAAAAUUAUUCUAAACCUACCGCAAUAUUGAGAGAAUUGCAUCUCUCCACGUGAAUAUAAAGUGACUCUCAUAGGCUGGGCAUAUACAUAAGUAAAGUGCUCCCGUGGAAAACGCAAAAAAGUUAUGCAUUAGUCUGUCUAACAGAGGAUUAUCAUGAGCAUGACACAGAGAUUUUUCAUUUUGCAACCAAACAGUAUAUAAGUAGAGGGCAGAGAGAAGUGCAGAUUCAUUUCAGUCUAAGCACUUCCCCCAUUACUCCACAAUGGGCAUUUUCCUCGAUAAUACCUCACUUGAGCUCUCUGUGGUCAUCACAGUUCUUAUUACCAUUGGAUAUUUGUACAUAAAAUACAUUUAUUCCUUUUGGGAUCGCAACAAUGUGAAAAGCCUCAAACCUAUAUUUCCAUUUGGGAAUUUUUCUUCAGUUUUCUUUGCCAAAACCUCCAUUACGGACUUUGUGCGUGAUAUCUACGAAUCAACAUGUGGUGAAGAUUUUAUUGGACUCUAUGCAAUCUUUCGUCCAAUCCUCUUUGUGCGAAAUUCCGAUUUAUGCCGGAAUAUCCUCAUAAAGGAUUUUCAAUCAUUUCACGAUCGUGGUGUGUAUGUAAAUGAGAAGAAGGAUCCCCUUUCGGGGCAUCUUUUCUCGCUAAGUGGUGAAAAGUGGAAGCAAUUGCGUGCAAAAUUGACACCAGCCUUCACAUCAGGACGUCUAAAGGCAAUGUUUCAGACACUCAUUGACUGUGGUGUUAAUCUUGAGGAAUUUAUUAAUGUUCAAGCAGAUCAAGGGACGGAAAUUGAAAUGCGUGAUCUUAUGGCGAGGUAUACAACGACGGUGAUUGCUUCUGUGGGUUUUGGCAUUGAAGAAGAUUCAAUUGUCCAACCAAAUGCUCCUUUCCGCAUGAAUGGAAGGAAGGUAUUUGCUCCAACACUAAAGAAUGGCUUGAGAAAUAUGCUCUUCCUCAUGGCACCAAAAGUUGCAAAAAUGAUUAGUUUGAAAACAGUUGACAAUGAUUAUGAGGACUUUAUCUUUUCAAUGGUGAAACAAUCAAUUGAUUAUCGUGAAAAGAGUGGUAUUCAGAGGAAGGAUUUCAUCCAGUUACUUCUUCAAUUGAGAAAUACAGGAAAAGUUGAUUAUGGUGACGAUUGGAAUUUUGUCUCAAGCAAAGAGGAUUCAAAGAAGUUGACUAUUGGUGAAUUUGCUGCACAAGUUCAUGUCUUCUUCUUGGCGGGAUUUGAGACAUCCUCAACCCUCAUGUCCUUCUGUUUGUACGAAUUGGCAAAAAAUCCGCACAUUUUGAAGAAGGUUCAAGAGGAAAUUGAUCAAGUAAUACGCAGGCAUGACGGAAAGUGGACGUACGAUGCAGUGAUGGAGAUGAAGUACUUGGAUAGUUGCCUAGAUGAAACAUUGAGGAUGUACCCACCCGUCCCAAUUCUCAAUCGUGAAUGUACAGAAGAUUACAAAAUCCCCGGAACGAGUACAAUCAUCAAGAAGGGCACGGCAAUUUUCAUACCAAUCAUUGGACUUCACUACGAUCCCAAAUUCUACAGCAACCCCAUGGAUUUUCAACCGGAAAGAUUCACCAAUGGACAAGUACCCACCAAUACUUCUUGCUACCUUCCCUUCGGUGAUGGACCACGUAUUUGCAUUGGCCUACGAUUGGGGAAGCUACAAGCAAGAAUUGGUUUAGCUACAAUUGUGUCAAAAUUCAAUGUUCACCUUGGUGAGAAGCUAAAGGGAGCUAUGCCAAAAUAUGCACCAGAAAGCAUCGUUCCAGCCCCCAUUGGGGGGCUUAAAAUGCGAGUUUCACGAAGGAAAAUGUGAAGAAAAAAUUCUCCUCAUCACAAAUAAUAAAUAAAUAAUAAUAAUUACGCAAUAAGCAAUGCAAAAUGCAAAGAGUGUUAAAAUAUAUUAUGAUAAUAUAUUUUACUUGAGAAAAAUAACUACCUAACGUAGAGGAGAGUGUACUAUUAUGGGAUACACGAUAAAAUUAAAGAACAUUGUUGUUUCAGUUCUUUUGUUGUUUUCACUUCAAAAAUUAAUUAAAACUGAUUUAAAAAAUUGAAUUUUUCAAAUCUUUUAAUCGUUAUUAGUUAAUAGUUUACAGAACAUUACUCUUAAGGAGAUUAAUAAAGCAUUUUAUUUUUAAGCAAAUUAAUUUGAUCAAUUCUAUUUCAUGCCAUUGAUCUCCAUCUUAGAACCUCUAUCCCUAUUUCUGUUUAUACUUCUGAUGACGUAUACAUUCUAAAUUGGUUAUUUUUCAAGAAGGAGAAACACAACUUAAUAGAAAAUGACACGCACGAUAUUUUAAUAAAGUAGUAAUGCAAAUUA